AUGUAAUAAAAUAAAUUUUAGUAAAUCAAAAUUAACACUUCCCUUGUUGUUGAUGUCCACUUGAUAUCUCACUAAAUUCUUAAGCAAAUUUUAGGAUCAUGUGAUCGAUUAUUAUAGGAUCAUUAUAUAAUCAACUCAAUUCCUACUUAUACAGCAUUCACAACAAUGGUACUUUUGAACAAUUUAAUUAAACAUCAUCUUGAUAUUCCAUAAGAGAUGAAGGCUAGUCAAGAUACAGAGCCUCUUCCUCCAUAAAAAGAUUCAUAUUCAGGAGUAAUUCAUAUUAAUACUUAAAAAAAAGAAUUAGAAAAUAUUUCUGAGAACUAAAAUACAAGAUCAACUAAAUUUUUAAGAUAAUCAACUAAUAAAUUUAAAUCUAAUUCACUUAGUAUCGUUAGUGUUGUAGUUAUGAAUAAAUCAACAUAAAAAAAAAAUACUACUAAAAAAUAAAGUAUUGAAGUUGUAAAACUCCAAGAACCAGAUUAAUAGAUUGAUGAAAAAGAAUAAUAUUAUAGAUAUCAGCAUGAAAUAAAAUGCAAAAUGCUUGAAUAAAUAGCUAAGUAAAUAUAUUAGUGAUAUAUUUAGAAAUGAAAAAAAACAAGAAGAAGAUAGGUUAAAAUAGAAAAAUCAAUUAGAAUCAAUAAACAAAUUAUAGAACACUAAUAAUUGUGGAUAUGAUUAUGAUGGAUCAAUUUUACCUUAUAACAAACCAUUUAUGAAAGUUAAACUAUAUCAUUUACAAUCCAAAAUUUUAAAAAAGAAAUAGGAUAAGAAGAAAUAAGAUACAAAAAAUCCUAUUGAAAGCAUAUAUAUAAGAAAUUUAACAAAAAUAGAUUUCCAUUAGACUGGUUAAUAAAAAUUUGAAGAUGAUCUUAAACAAAGCUAAAUUAAUAAAGUGGAACCUAUUAUAGGCAGAAAUUUGAAUGGAUUUAGUUAGAUUUAAAAACUUGACAUAUUGAGAACUGAUUCUUCAUUAAGAAUGACAAAAAAAUAAUAUGAAGAAACAUCAGAAAUAGUUUUUACAGAAUCUUAUGUUAAUUUGCAUAAAUAACAUAAUGAAUUUGAGAGUAGUAUUCCUAGUAAUAAAUUUGAAAAAUUGAAUAAUUAUAAAGUUAAAAUUGGAUCUUAAAGAGAAGGACAAAUAAAAUAUCAACAGUAAUAAAAUUAUUAAUUUCUUUUAACUGAACCAGAUGUUGAUAGGGAAAUUAAUUUUGAGAGUGAUAAAGAGAGUUAAAAAAAAUAAAUAAAAAAGAGCUAAAAUAAAUAAUAAAAUGCAUAAUAAUUAGUUUCUUUUGAAAAUCUUCAAGGAAAAUUGCCCACUUUAAGAAAAUCAUAAAAAAAUAAGAGAUGUGAGAAAAUGAAAAGAUCAUAUACCUAACAUAGUUGA